UCCGACGAUCGACCCCGCCCCCUCCGCCCCCCGCGGCCGCGCGGCGCAGCCGGAGGAGGAAGAGGAGGGGGAAGAGGAGGAGGAAGAGGAAGAGCUGCGCCACAGGCGGAGGCGGAUGGGAACGUCGCCCCGCAGGAUGGCGGAGGGCUGGACCGAGUGCCCGGCGUUGGGCCCGGGGUGGCAGCGCCGCGAAGCUUUUCGGAAAUCCGGGGCCACCAGCGGYCGCAGCGACACCUACUACAGGAGCCCCACAGGGCAGAAGUUCCGCAGUAAGAUUGAGCUACGGCGGUUCCUGGGCCCCGGGCAUGACCUGAGCAACUUCGACUUCAAAUCAGGGCUGSAGAGACCUGGCCCCACCCGGACCAAGAAAAGUCCCAAAUGGAUCCUCCCCGGGCGCUGGAUGCUCAGGGCAGGGUUGUGGGUCCCCCCUCCAAAAUGCUGCCCCCUCCUCCACAGGCUUUGCGCCAGCUGCCAGAGCYUCUUCCCAGGGGUGUCGCUGCCCCCCCAGCGCCGCUGCCGCUGGCUCUGCCCUGACUGCCGUGCCCAGAGACGAGACUUCAACCGGGAGCAGCGAUUCUAUAAGCGGGUGGGUUGUGGCUUGUGCCAGGCCUGUCGCAUCCCCGAGGACUGCGGGAUCUGCAGCGCCUGUUCCCGCAACAGCCCCGGGGGCCCCUCCGGCCCUGCCCGGACCCCCAAGUGCCUCCUGCGCCGCUGCCUGCGCAUCGUCAAGAAGCAAAGCCUGGGCUGUGGCUCCUGCGCCGGCUGCCUGAGCACUGAGGACUGUGGCAGCUGCUGCAUCUGCCUGCGGCGUCUCCAGCCGGGCCUCAAGCGCCAGUGGCGCUGCCUGAGGCGCCGCUGCCUGCGCCCCAAGAAAGCGAGGGCAGCCAAGAAGACCCAGAGCCCACAGCUGCUGACGGAGAAAUGGAAGCCCCCCGUGGAGCGGGAGCCCAGCGAUGCUUCCAGCAUCAGGCACAAGAAGCCACUGACCAAAGGGAAGGAGAAGAAGAAGCCAGGGCGACCCCCGAAGCCCCCCGGGCCCCGUGGUGGGGGUGGGCGGGGGGUGCGGAGCCGGGCCAGCCGGCGCUGYGGGGUGUGUGCAGCCUGUCGGCGCCCGGCCGACUGCGGCCGCUGCGACUUCUGCCAGGACAAGCCCAAGUUCGGGGGGCAGAACCUCAAGCGCCAGAAGUGCCGCUGGAGGCAGUGCCUGCGCUGUGCCAUGGACAAAGAGGAGCCUCUGGGGGGGGCUGAGCAAGACUCUGGGCCCCUCCCGGGUCCCCCCCUGCGCCUCUGCCCCAUCAAAGAGGAGGCGGGACCCCUCCCCCGCCUCGAGGUGAGACCCCCCGGCUGCCUGGGACCCUCCCUGGACACCUGUGCCCCGCCCCCGCUAACUCCCCCCGCCCCCCAGGACCCCCGGCUGGGGCUCCUCAUCGCCUCGGCCCCUCGCCUCAAAGGGGCCCCCCCAGARCCCAGCGCUGCCCCCGAAAGGCCCCCCCCAGGCGAUUUGGGGGUCCUGAUCGCCGCCACCCCCCGGGUGAAGCAGGAGCAGCCACAGCCCAGCGCGUCCCUGGUGCCGGUGCCUCCCCGGCCGCCCCCCGCCCAGCUGGUGGUGCUGGAUGAGAGUGAGGAGGAGGAGGAGGAGGAAGAGGAGGAGGAGGAGGGAGGCAGCCGAGUGCCCCUCCCAAUGCCCCCCGCCCCUCAGCUGUGGCCGGGCUCCUUCCUGGAGGAACUGGCCGAGAUCCCUCUGCCGGCGCAC